AUGACGUUAUGUUGCGCCUUCCGCUGGUCGGCAGUGGUCCUGAUGCUGACGUGCCUGUCAGGGCUGUCCGGUGCAGACAGGCGCGCUGCCUGUCCACAGGCGUGUAACUGUUUCCCAGGCACCGUCUUCUGCAGCAACCGCCGACUAAAGGCAGUUCCAAAGGGCAUCCCUCCGUCGGGCAUGCAGAGGCUGUAUCUAGACGGGAACAACCUGACGCUAGUUCCCGCCCGAGCCUUUCUCAACUACACCGAGCUGACCAACUUGGACCUCUCCAACAGCUUCAUCAAGAACAUGGAGGAGGGAGCCUUCAUGGGACUCAACAACCUCAGGUCGCUGAAAGUCAACAACAACAACAUGACGACCCUUCGCGGCUCCAUUUUCCAGGGUCUCUACCUGUUAAAGAGCUUGAACCUGAAGACCAACAAACUCGUGGACAUUUUCCCGGAAGUUUUUCAAGGCUUAUACAACUUAGAACAUCUCUACGUCAGCGAGAAUCUAGUAAACGUCUCAACACGCCCUUUUCGGCAUCUUGGGAAUUUAAGAUAUCUUGAGAUCAAGGAAAACAGUCUCAAGACAUUACAAGGCUACUCCUUCCAAGAUCUUCGAGGACUCUACUCCUUAGACGUGAGAGCUAACGACUUACAGAAUCUUGAAGACUACGCGUUCUUCGGGUUGAACAGUUUAAGAAACUUGUACCUUAGCGACAACAACUUGACAACAUUAGGUGGAGAAGUCCUCAGGACCAUUACCAUGAGUGCGCUGAGCGAGCCCGGCUCUCACCUGUACCAGGUAAACACACCAGGUGUGGACCUGCCCAAACACCUGUCCUCCCACACCAACCUGAGUCACUACAGCAGCAACUCGGAUGUAGAGGCUGACACAAGAAGCACCAUCGGACUCAUAGACAAGGACUAGUGGACUUUUUAACCCUCGAUUUGCCAAGUAAACUUCUCACGCACUGCCAAGCAGACAUUCAGAAGGACUAUUGGACUCAUAGACUAGUGCCUAGUGACUAAGAGAAAGUACUGUUGAUCUGAAGCUAGCAUAACAGAAAAUGUGAAAAGUUUGCCGUAACUCGUAAAAGUUUGUAAGGACUUAAAAAAUGUAAAAUUUUGGAAAUGAUCUUUUAAAUGGUCACAAUUACUAGGUAUAUACAUUGUGUAAUAAUCCCUGAUGUCUUCACCAGUGAUUGUGUAGGACCCCAAUGUAGUAAGUGGUUCAUAGGUUGUUCAUGUUGUUUUGAGAACAGACAAGUCUUGAGAAGUUUGCUGAUCUGGAUCAGCCAUUUCUUAAAAUCUCCUGGUGCUAAUGUAUUACUUGUAAGCAUUAUACUAAACAUUUUUCUGUUAUGAGGUACUAGUAUGUACUGGCUUUGAUUCAGAGUUGAAGUGAUCCUAUUUAAUAACCCCUGGUUGGGCAUGUAUUUAUACUGCAGACUGCAAUACACUGUAUUA